UGCUGGGAUUACAGAAGUCUAUCAAUGGAGUCUUUUUCUGCUGAAACCAAUUCCACUAACUUAUCCUCACAGCCUUGGUAUAAACCUGAAGUAGUUCUCUCCAUGGCCAUUCUCAGUUUUACCUUUUUAUUGGGAUUGCCAGGCAAUGGGCUUGUGCUGUGGGUGGCUGGCCUGAAGAUGCAGCGGACGGUGAACACAGUUUGGUUCCUCCAUCUCACCCUGGCAGACUUUCUCUGCUGCCUCUCCUUGCCCUUCUCCCUGGCGCAUCUGGCUCUCCAGGGACACUGGCCCUAUGGUUGGUUCCUAUGCAAGCUCAUCCCCUCCAUCAUCAUCCUCAACAUGUUUGCUAGCGUCUUCCUGCUUACUGCCAUUAGCCUGGACCGUUGUCUUUUGGUACUCAAGCCAAUCUGGUGCCAGAAUCAUCGCAAUGUGAGAACAGCUUUCACUAUCUGUGGAUGUAUCUGGGCGGCAGCUUUCACAAUGUGUAUACCUGUGUUCAUAUACCGGGAAACAUGCACUGUAGGCAACAAAAAUAUAUGUACCUACAGUUUUUAUCUCUUCAGCUCAGACAACAGCUUUGAUUAUCUAGAUGACACCUUUGAUCUAGAUCUACUAAAAAACAGGUCUUUUGACAACUCCAUCGUACAGCUGCCUGGAGAAAUGGAUGACAAGUUAGAUCCUUCCUCUUUGCAAACAGCUGAUCAUCCCUGGACAGCCACUACUGUCGUCCAACCUCAGACAUUUCAAAGACUUUCUGUAGAUUCACGCCCUGUGGAUUCCACUAUAUUAGCUAGUCAACAUCUGUAUUAUAAUUUAUAUAAACCUGCUGAUGUGGUGGUCUCACCUAUAUUCUCCCAAGGGGUUCCCAUUGAAGAUCACAGAACUAACCCACUGAAUAACUCUGAGGCUUUUCUCUCUACUGAUUUAGAGCUUUUCUCUGAUACCUCUAACAGUUCCUCAUUUGAGUUACCAGAAGAUUUCCUGUAUUACAAUUUCGGCCAAUUCACAAAUGACAGUCAAGUGUCAACACCCAUGGUGGCAAUAACCAUGACUAGGCUAGUGGUGGGUUUCCUGCUGCCUUUCAUUUUCAUGGUGUUUUGUUACAGUCUCAUUGUCUUCCGAAUGCGACAGGGACGCUUUGCCAAGUCUCGGAACAAAACGUUUCGUGUGGCUGUGGUGGUGGUGGCUGUCUUUCUUGUCUGCUGGACUCCAUACCACGUUUUUGGAGUUCUUUCAUUAUAUAUUGACCCAGAAACUCCCUUUGGGGAAGCUCUGAUAUCCUGGGACCAGGUGUCCCUUGCUCUAGCAUCUGCCAAUAGUUGCUUCAAUCCCUUCCUUUAUGCCCUCUUAGGGAAAGAUUUUAGGAAGAAAGCAAAGCAGUCCUUUCAGGGCAUUCUGGAGGCAGCCUUCAACGAGGAGCUCACACACUCUACCAGCUGUCCCCCAAACAAAGUCUUUCCAGAAAGAAGCAGUAUCGGUACAACUGUGUGAAAACAUGGAACAGUUAAACUAUGCAGAGAUUCUUAGGUAUUCACUCAGAGGAUGUUUCAAAAAGGAUGAAUGAUGUGGUGAGCAGAGGACUUCAGAACCCACCAAAGAAUCAUUUCUGUGCUUCCCCAAAUGUGGUCACAGGCUACUGACAUCAGCAUCCUCUGGAAACUUGUUAGAAAUGCAAUUCUCAAGUCUGGCUUCCUGAUUCAGAAUCUCUGGAAGUGGGGCUCAGAAAGUGUUUUAAAAAGCCCUCUUGUUUU